AGUAGUACUAGCAAUGACAAAUAUGGAUGUAGAGUUCACCUUAGAUUUUGUGGCACCCAAAUUCCCUGGUAUCCCACCAUCCAAACUCCAAGUCCAACUCUGCAAGGACUACAACCGCAAGCUUCUCCCAUCCAACGAGACCAACAUCGAUAGGAUAUGGGAACUGCGCAGGAAAAACAACCCUAAACUCUACAAUGGCUCGAAGUUCAGGUUCCAUACAAUCAAAGCUGGUAGCUUUGGCGAGGACAGCUGUUCAGUCACAUUCUGUCUUGGACUCACUGGAUAUAAAGACUUUAUUGGGACUAACUGGGCCGACAAUGCUGCCGAGCUGUCAGCAUUAGGGAAGAAGGACUUCGCCAACAGUCAAGCCUACAUGGCUGAUGCCCUGGGAGUGAGUGCAUUUGUGCAGACUCAAGAUGACCUUGUCAUCUUUAUACGGAGAAGCGCAAGCGUUGGCGAAGCACAAGGAUUGUGGGAUAUACCAGGAGGACACCCAGAACCAUCGGAGGUCAAAGGGGGAUCUUCCAAACUGGAAGAAAUCACCUUAUCUGAUCUCGCAGAACUUGAUGUAAGAAAUGAGCUCAUCAACUCAGCGAUUAGAGAAGUACGAGAUGAGAUCAAUAUUCCUGAAUCCAAGCUUGGAGAGCCUUACCUGAUGGGCGUGUCCAAGAAUCACACCUGCUCUGGGAGGCCUGGCAUGCAAUUCUUUGUCAAGUGUGCCCUGUUGUCUAGUGAAGUGAGAGAGAUGUACCAAGCUGGCGGAUCAGAGGCAGAGGAGUCAACAGAACUAAAACUCAUUCACUUAUCAGAUAUUUGUCACCUAGAAGGCUCGGACAUGUGGAAAGAGAUGGCACCAUUAGGAAAAGCUUGUGUCCAGCUGUACAUCACUGUGAGGAGCAAUCUUCCAGGCUCUGCGAAUGAUGUGUCAUAGUGUUGGUGUGUUGCUGGCUUUUGGACUCUCUGACAUGAAAAUCUUGCCUGGGGAAGCACGAUCAUUGCCGUUAUGCUUUAGAUCAUUUAAUACUUGAAGACAUGGUACAGGAUUGACCUGUUCCGUUGCACCCGAUGGUCAACAUAUCCUUUCCUGUCAGAAACCUUUACCAGAACCUGCUUAUGAAUAUUAAACAAGAAAGUCUUGUCUUUGGACUAUGAAAAGGACAAAUGUUUAUUAACCCUAACAGUCCCAAAUCCUCCCAUUUCAAUAUGAUUUUACUUACAUCUAAGGGGGGUUAGUGUUAAUACAUGAUGUAAUACAUUAAUACAUUGAUACAUGUAUGUGUGUUGGUUUUACAAUUUCUUCUCAAAAAUUGCUGUACUUUUCUGCAUCAGGUCAUUGCACCUUAUCUACAUGUACAUCUGGUGGAAAUAGUUUUCUUGAUGUUAGUAACUGAAGCAUUAAAAACUGCAUUUUUAAAGCAAACUAAUUGGAAAUGAUUAUAAUACCUAUGAAGAAGCUAGUUUUCACAUGAUAAUGUGUGGGUUGGCAGGUAGAUUUAAGCAGACCUUUCCCUUAAAUUGUUAUAAAAGGUUUUUAAAGGGGAAAUAUAUUUUUCACAGAAACUAAAUAAUAUGUUGCAAAUUGUAGCUUGUGCCUUAUUGAACAAGCACCCAGUACUCGGAUCUUUAAGACUGAAUUUUCAUACAAGUAAACAGUGUACUGUGUUUGUGUGAAGGACGCACUUGUCAUGUCUACUGGACGUUUUUAACGUGUGGUUUUCUGUUAAUGAGUCAAACUGAAAUAACUCUGUUUAAAAGUAAGUUGAAUUUAUUGGUAAUAUUAAAUGUAAUUGACCUAUGAAUGAAAUUGUAGCAGUUUCAUAGAUGUGUGUGGACUUUUUCCAAGGGUCAUUUUAAAACUCAGCUGUACAAUAGUUUUAAUGUCUAAGAUUUAUGUACACAAAAUGGUAUACAUUGUAUGACAUGAAGAUGUACAAUAAUUGAGUCAUAAAAUUAAAGUUUGUUUGAA